GGAUGAUAAUUUUUCAGAAAGUACGGGCAUUUUGAAUCUUGCUUUCUUCAUCAUUCAUAUGGGAGGCCUCCUCAUUCCCGAUCUCCAUCUCCUAUUGCCGAGAAGCGUUGAAGAAGAGGCUCUGGAUCGUGGCAAGCUGACAUUGGUGCCCAUUGGAGGUCGUAGAGGCGGCAGCCAUGAAAUGUCCUCUUAUCGUUGGUGCUCGUCGGCAGCGUACGGUGGCAGCUAUGAUGUCGUUGAUUCAUGGGAUCAUUUCCGUAUUGGUAUUCUCUGUCGGAGAAUGUCUUUCCUUUCAUUUGGAUACUAUUCUGACGAAAUUCUGAGGCACUUUUCGACUAAUAUUUUCCCGCAGGUCUUUCGUCAAAUGAUCUGUUGUGGUUUUGUUAUAGAAGAUUGCAGUGGACGCAGUUGUGGUUUUGUUUUAAAUAAUUGCAGUAGAUACAAUACAUCCUUUCGGAACAUCCCAGCACUGAUGCUUUAAGAUUGUUUAAAGAUUAUUUUCUCCAAUUUUCCUUGUAUGGGUAAGGCAAAGGACCCAUAUUUGGCAAGCUUUUUCUUUCUGUUGAGGAACCCAUUACCAAUCUGAAAGCAAGCAUUGUCUUCAUCCCAGCUUUUUUCUUUCUGUUGAUGUACCCAUUAUCAAUCUGAAAGCAUUGUCUUCAUCUGCUGUCUAUUUUCUUAUCUUCUAUUAUUUUUACUAAUUAUUUGGAAAAUUGGAUGUAAUGUUUUGCCUUUCUUUUUCUUUGUCUAUAUCUCCUCCUCUGUAAAUAGUUCUUGAUUCAUAAUAAAAGCCGGGCGGCUGCUUUCUUGGCCUCCCUUGUCAUCA